ACCGCCCCCUCCGUCUGAACCAGCCAGCACCGCCGACUAGUUACUAGCACCACUACACCCUCACACCUCCGCGCCUUUGCUCUUUUAACGAUACCCAGCAUACACACCCUCUCUAUUUAUGUUGACUGAAAAGACAAUGUUGACCACCUCCGCGCGUCCGUCAGCACUCAGUCGAACCCAGUCCUUUGAGUUUUUUCUUUUUGGGUUUCCCUUGACACUUAACCCACCGUGUCCUCCCUACAACCUCUCCCAGGAAGACGUCUUGGCGCAAGCACCGAUCGCGGAAGAAGACGAUAUCUGGUCCGAACUGGAGCGGAUUCAGGACCCAGGGCUCCUCAAGGAGAAGUUUUACGCAGAACACCAGGUGAUGAUGGAGCAGCUGAACCUCGCAGGAAGGUUCGGACUCGAAUUGCAACAGAGUCUGGAGCACGCCCAGCGCGCCGAACGACAGUCUUAUGCUCAGAUCCAAGCCCUGCAAGACGAAAACCUGAUCCUCCAAUCAAGAGUCCAUCAUUCACAAGAACUCUCUGCUCAUCUGACAGGCUCUGAAGAUGAGGUCCACAAUCUGACGAACGAGAACGAGUCCCUACAGAAGGAGCUGGAUGUCUGUCGUCGUGAGCUAAAGACGUUUCGGAAGGAACUCGACAGUCUGGUGGAGCAGAUGGCCGAUAUGGGGACCGAGGUGAUGGACGCAAAGAACAAGGUCACGGUGUACUCCCGACGGCUGACAGAAGUCGAGCAGGAGCUGAAUUCAACCCAGGAAUUGAACGUGAAUCUGCAGGAGCAGCUCAGGACAGCCAUGGAGAAACAAAAACAGACACAGUCAACGACCGCUCAGGUCGUGAAGAACAUGCAGUCGGAGCUGGGUCGGGUCGUGUCCGAUAGUGGGGUCAUCCGGUCGACGCUCGAGGAACUCGAGGGCCGACAGGAGAAGUGUGAGGGCAAGGUUGUGGAGAUGAUCUCGAACACGAAGGAGUAUGCACAGCUCUUGGAGGAGGCACAGACCACGAUCCAAACCAUGCGUAUUGAGUCUGAUAUGGAGGGUAGAGGAUGGGGAGGUCAUUCGCCCAUGGACUCGAACUGGGACAAUCAGCUCAAACGAAGCACCGGACAGCUGUCGACGCUAGCCAUGGAAGACCCAGAGCUCAACAAUGCAGAUUUCCCAGUGCAGGACGAAUUGGAUCCUAAUGCUUGGGGUGAUGAUGAGAGCAACCAAGGAGGAGGAAUGGGCAUGUCGCUGGGCGCCGAGCUCGGGCUUUCUGUCGUUGUUCAGAAGGAGGAGUGGGAGCCGGAAAUGCAGCCAAAGGAGAGCGCGAUCUCUUCCCCGCCGUCGACACCAGCAUCAUACCAGCCCUCAGAGUCAUCGAAGCAAUUGACACCGGCACCAUCGCCCCAGGCGCCUGUGGCUGUUCAUAAUAAGGAGACACAGACCGCAGCACCAGCACCAGUCCCAGUACUACAGCAGCAACAGUCAACGCCGCCCUUGCCGAAAGAUGCGCGCAAGUAUUCGACACAUUCGCUUUCGUCAGAGCUGCAGCAGCGGUUGGAGGAGCACAAUAUCUUGCAGACGGCGUAUUCGGCCUCACCAACGGCAGCGACGCGUCCACCCUGGAACCCGAGUGUGGCGCUGGAGCCGCGGAUUUGUCAGCGUCCUCGGGUGUGGUGACGAAGACCAAGACGGCGGGUGCUUCGGCGGUGAACAAAUCUGCGGCCAAGAGUGCACGAUCCGCUACAGCAACAACGACGACGACGACGACGACGACGACGACGACGACGACAGAGAAGGCAAAGUCGAGGUCGGGGAUGUCUACAAGUCAUAGCAAUGGUAGCCUGCACACAAAGUCCACUGCGACAGCAACAACAGGAACGGCGAUAACAGGCACAGCAGCAAGGUCUCCACGUUCACCAGGUCGUGGCACGGUCACGAAGAAGGGCUCCUUCGCAUCUUUGUCCAAAAGCUCUACAGGAGCCCUUACGGUGACGACGAUGGCAGGAGGU